ACGGCCCCGCCCCCUGGCCUGGCUCUGCUCGGCCUCAGUCUGUUCCACCGGCAGGAUGCGAGCUGCAGGAGGGUUUCUGCUGCUGCCUUGGCCCAUGGCCUGGGCAGGAGCUGGGGCCGGGGGGCCGGACAUGGGGCCGGAGGAGGCUCGGGGGGGUCUGCUGCUGAGGUGCGGAGCUGUGCUGGGACUCACUUUGAUGUGCGCGGCGGUGGUGAGGCGGUGGAUCGCAGGUGGAGUGUGUCGUUGUCCAGCUCGUUUGGACGGGAAGACCGUCCUGAUCACCGGAGCCAACACCGGCAUCGGCAAAGAGACAAGCAGAGAUCUGGCACGCAGAGGGGCCCGGGUGGUGAUGGCGUGCAGGGACCUGACGCGGGCGGAGCAAGCGGCAGAGGAGAUCCGGCGGACGACAGGAAACGGUAACGUGGUGAUCAGACACCUCGACCUCGCCUCUGUUUAUUCUGUCAGACAGUUUGCUAAAGAUUUCCUGGACAGUGAAGAGCGACUGGACGUCCUGAUAAACAACGCAGGCGUGAUGAUGUGUCCAAAAUGGCUGACAGAAGAUGGCUUUGAGACCCAGCUGGCUGUCAAUCAUCUGGGUCACUUCCUAAUGACCAAUCUGCUUCUUCCGAAACUGAAGAACUCCGCCCCCAGUCGAGUGGUCAAUGUGUCAUCCAUCGCCCAUCGGGGAGGUCGUAUUGACCUUGACGACCUGUUCUUCAGCAGGAGGCCGUACAGCUCGUUGGAGAGCUACCAGCAGAGCAAACUGGCCAACGUGCUGUUCUCCAGAGAACUGGGCCGACGACUCACAGGUUCUGGAGUUUCGUCGUUCUGUCUCCACCCGGGUGUUAUCCGGACUGAGCUGGGUCGUCAUGUUGAGGGCUGGUUUCCCCUGCUGGGGGCGCUGCUGAGCCUCCCCUCCCUGCUGCUCAUGAAGACACCAGUUCAGGGCGCUCAGACCAGUGUUUACUGCUCCAUCACACCGGGGCUGGAGGAACGAUCCGGAUGCUACUUCAGUGACUGUGCAGAGAAGGACGUCGCUGCGGGGGGGCGGGACGAUGCUGUGGCGAGGAUGCUGUGGGAGGAGAGCGCCCGAUUGGUUGGAUUAAAGGACACAUGCUGACGGGGAAGAAAAGAAUCAGACAACAGCGCCCCCUGUUAGGAGGAGCGCUUCAGCAUCACUGUGAUUGACAGCUGACUAGAGCCAAUCAGAGGCAUCAGUCUAGAGUGAAAACAAUAUCAAUGAAUACAACUUUACUUCAUACAUCAUAAUAAUAUAAUAAAUAUUCAUUAGUAUUCAGCAAACAUGGUAUAAAAAUAUUGUUUUUCUGCAGAGUGAGUGGAGUGUUCUACUUUGACCUCUGACCUUUGACCUGUGACUGUUUGUUUGGGUACAAACUUUUAUCUUUAUCACCAACAUUUUUCAUUUCUGUGAAAGUUUCAUUUUGUUUUGUGGAUUAAAUAUAAUGAUGAUAACAUGAUGAUGUGUCAUCAGUUUUAUCUUUGGAUUUAAUACAUUGGUUAAAUUAACAUCACAGUUUUAUGUUUAUAAACUGAAACCCAAAAAAUGUUUAACUAUAAAAAUCAUCUCCACAAACAUCUGUCAGUGGUUACCAUGGAGACCAUGGAGCCAAGUCGUGCUGGUUCUGUUGAAAGGUGGUUAGCAUGGUGGCUAGCAUGGUGGCUAGCUGCUAACUUCACUCACAAACACACUGUGACGUCAUAGAACCAUAAAGAGACGAAUCAGUUCAAUCCGAUGUAAUUCAUGUUUUACGUUUAACAGUGGAAAUCUGUCGUCGCUGAGUUUUCUGAUCGAAUCAAUCAACAGAAAGUCAAAUGUCAUUCAUGGUUAAUCAUUUUUUUUAACUGUUUUUGAUGAUGAUGAUGAUUGUUGGGGGUUUAGGAGAUAACCCCAACAAUCAUCAUUGUUGUUGCGAACUUACUGUCUAAUAAUCAAUACUGUAACCUUCUACUUUUACCUACACCAUACUGUAAAGAACUUUGAGUGGCCAUCAAGAAAAGAUCCGUAUAAAUACAUUUAUAAAAACUGA